CGUCUUGUUUUGUGUUUUUAAAGCGUUUGAUAUUUUUUUUUUCGCCGUGUUUCCGACGAGUUUUCGUCGGCGAUGGUCGUAAAUAUCGCUCUCUUAUCAUCGUAGCCGCUUUUAUUCGAACACAAUGGCACUUUAUCGGCCUGUCCAGUCCUGGAUGAAGGCGUCCGAAGCCGUCAAAAUCAUCGGCACCGAACACGGCGAAGGAUUCACGGUAUACAUCAUCCAAGUCAGCGUGGCGCCGUACCGUUGGACCGCAAAGCACCGCUAUAGCGACUUCAAGGACCUGCACGAUAAGCUGACUGCAAGCUACCACGUAGACAAGGCACUGCUGCCGCCCAAGAAGCUGUUUGGAAACCAGUCUGAGGCAUUUGUGCAGCAGCGCCAGGCUGAGCUGGAACACUACCUGCAGACCCUGGUACACCAGUUCUCUGCGGGACUCCCCUUGUCCCUAGCACACUUUUUGGAUUUCCCCAAAUAUGAGGUGCGGACGAUUGUGGACGACCUGGCAGAACGGCUCUUCCGGGAGGGAGAGGAAAUCCUCAGCAAGGACUCCACGUUCUCGACGACGCCGCUGGUCCUGCACUCCAUUACGGAGCGGCUCAAGCUGGCCGAACCCACCUGCCUGUCCGGAGACAAGAGGCGGGACCUGGCCCACGUGCUGGACUUUGUCUCCCAGCUGCGGAACCUGGAAGUAACGGGUGGCAUGGCUCACGUCGGCUCAAGCAACAUCUGCACAAACGUCCUCGUCUAUGACCUGAGCCCCUUCAAGGCACUCGAGUCCCUGCAGAUUACCAACUGCGAGGUGCGGGGUCGCCUGGUGGGACUGGACGGGGUGCGUGCGACGCUGCGGGUGCUAAGGGUGGAGGGGGGCCUGCCCGACCUGGGCUCACUGUUGCUCGGGGGGGAGCGCCUCGUUUGGGACGCCUCGGGAAAGACCCCGCAGGGCCCCCUGUGGGCACGCCUGGAGCAGGCGCACUUCGGCCACAACGCCAUCGAGAGGAUCGACCCCGUCGUGCGUCUGCUUCCCUGUGUGAAGACGCUCGACCUGAGCCACAACGGAAUCGCGGAGCUGGAGAACCUGGAGUCGCUUCCGUGCCUCUCGGAUCUGGACUUGUCUCACAACCGGAUCGAGCAGUUGGGAGCUCUGCACACAAAACUCGGAAACAUUCGCUGCCUCCACCUCGCUGGCAAUCGAGUGGAAUCACUGGCCGGCCUGUCCCGGCUCUACUCCCUGGUGGAGUUGGACCUGUCCCACAACCGAGUGUCCCUGGUCUCCGAGCUGGGCCACCUGGGCUCCCUGCCCUGCCUGGAGGCCCUCGACCUGAGCCAUAACCCUGUCACGCAGGUGGCGGACUACCGGCCACACGCCCUGCUCGCCUUCGGCCCCAGGGUCACCGAGGUGGUGUUGGACCACCAGAAGGCGACGCAGAAGGAGCUGGACACGCUGGCAGUGCUCAGGGCCCUGCGGGUCGCCAAGGAGGGAAGGAUACCCAGGAUCGCCAGCAACGCCCCCUGGGGAGAUCCAGUGGUCGCUGUUCCAAACUCAGGUGGCGCGAAGCUGACCUGCCCGGAGGAGGGGACGGUCGGGAGGGCGGGGCAGGAAGGCCAGCUGCACGAGUUCCGGCAGCAGGUGGCGGCACUGCGGACCAUCGGCGGCAGCGACUGGCUCAGGCUGCUCAACCGCCUCCAGCACGACAAGCCGCAUGAGCACAUCACGCUCGACAUGCCACAGUCCCUGGCGUUCGGCAGCCAAGAAGGAAAUCUACGGGAGGCAACUAACCCGGAACCGGAGUGCGGCCAGACGGAGGGCUCCCCCGAGCUCGCACUCCCCGACUGGCUGUCCUCCGUGACGCUACGCAACCUCCCUUUCCGCGAACACCUCCAGACCCUCGGGAGGGGUGACGUACCAGAGUGGACUUCGUGGUGCCUGCAGCUGUCGCGUGACGGCAGUCAGAUGGUCACGUGCGCACUCAAGAACCGGGCCGGCCUCAGCCUGCUCCACCCCACCGCGAACUUGGAACGAGACGCGGUUCCGACGCUCGACGUCGCGGCGACCGUCGCGCCUUCGAGCAUGGUGGCGCUCCUCGUCGGACCCCGCCACUCCUACCUCGAGCUCAAGGUCGGAUCCGAGACCGGAGUGGAGAGCUGGGUGCUGCUCCCACCGUCCGCCGUCGAAACGACCGAGCUGAUGCGGAAGUUUGCAUCAACGCUCGGACUCCAGGCGGAGCAGAAGUACGCCCCGGGGGAGAUGGAGCGCUGCGCGACUGAGCGCGCCGGCGGAGACGCCCGGUUCGGUGAAAGAGUGCUGCUCCGCGACGGCCGGAAGGGCGCGGUCAACUUCGUGGUGGUGGUGCCUCCGUACGUGGUGACGGUGGAAGACAGCGUGUUCUACCCGUCUCGUCCGUUUGCCGUGCGGCGCGUCUGGGACGCGAGGCAGAGCGUGGUUGAUGUGCGAUUGACGGACGACUGCGGGGCGGGACGCGGCCUCGAGCGGACUGACCUGGGCUCGUGCGGCCACGGCAUCGAGCUCCGACUGGAGCGAGAUGCAGAGUUUACGGCGAGGUUUCUGACACGUGACUCAAGGAGCCUCUUUCUCGAGGCGUUCUUGGCAUCCCGUAACUCUUCCUCUGCGGCUCCUUGACCGCUUUUAAAACCAAUUUCGUGCCCCCGUGUGCCGAGGUGACUCGUGCGAAUGAUACCGUGUGUUCGACUUUGUUUGGUGUGUGUGGAUGGUGCGCUAGUUUGACCAAAGCUCAUUUGGGUGGGUGGGAUUUGACUUUUUACUCGAGUUUGUGAGCAUGAUUGCCGUGCUGGGUGGAAAGACUUUCGAUGUGUUUGCGGGGAGCCGUGCGUGGCUCUAGUGUCAAUACCCGGAGUGUGUUCAUUGGAGAUCUACGAGAAGUAGUCUAUGCAGUCUGGAAUAAACGUGGUUCCAGCGUUCAAA